UAAUCAGGUGUAUAAAAGCAGCGGUCAGGAGAGAAACAGAGACAGACAGACGGGAACUGAGCCGGGGAAACUAUUCUUCAUCCGUACAGGUGUCAGAGAUCAUAUACAACCAGAUUGCUGAAAAUACAUCCUGACUAAAGCCAUGAUUUCACUGAGCAGCUGUCAGACUCUUCUCCUGAUGUCCGUCUGCGGCGUUUUCUUCUGCAGGACUCUCGCAUUGCCUGCGAUCUCCGCAUAUUCUGACAUCAGACCAGGCGCUCUUGAUGAAGACGGAGAGGACGAUUGGACGAGAGACCCGUCACUACAGGAUCUGGAGGCGUAUAAAUUCCUGUAUGAACUCGUAAACACCGAUGAGAGACCAUCCAGACACGCUGAUGGGCUGUUCACGAGCGGAUACAGCAAACUGCUCGGACAACUGUCUGCUAAAGAAUUCCUGGAGUCUUUACUUACAAAGAGAGUCAGUGAUGAGCUGGAUGUGGAGCAGAUGCCUGUGAAACGUCACUCAGACGCCGUCUUUACAGACAACUACAGCCGCUACCGCAAACAGAUGGCGGCCAAGAAAUACCUCAACUCAGUUCUGGCAGGAAAACGGAGGUGAUGCCCUCCUGCUCAAACGCCGCCUGUGCUCUUCGACAUGUGACACGGACGGCGCAGCUUCAAGAUUUCGCCAUCAUUAUAUAUA